AGAAUUCAUUGGGGUGUGGCAAAUAUAUAAUAGCGGGUACAGUGCCGAUUGAUUCCAUUUUGCGGAUUUCUUGCGAGAUGCAAUUUUUGUAAAAUCAGUGACAGUGUUCUAUUGUUUUUUAAUUGAUAAUAUUCAAUAAACCCAAGAUGCGGUGGCAAAUCUCGACGCUGUUUUUAGUGAUAUUCGCCAGCUAUGUGGCGGCCCAAAUACCUCCAAGACUACAGAUCCCCGGGGCCCUCUUGACGUCAACAGGGGGCGGUCCGAGAGCAGCACCUAGAUUGAGAAGACCAAAUACCAUCUCCAACGCGAGAGAAGUUCGACCAGUGACUGAAGAUUUCGACGAAGCUCCUAAUUACCCGUCGUCAUCGUCCAGUUUCGACGACGAAGUUAACAAACUGGUACUUUCUUCGGUGAGGGAUAAUCAACAAGAGCAAGAUGAUCGUCCUGCGCCGCUGCCUUUCAGGCCGGAGAGACCAGUUCCCGUCGCGAGAGAACAGAUCCGGGAAAAACCCAGGCCGCUGCCACCACCGAGGAACGUUAUCCGUCAAGAUCUCAGAGAUUCGGAACCCGUUAUCAGACAGGCGCCAAUCAGAACCCAGGAUCCACCGGCGCCGAAACAAACUUUCCGCCCCCAAAAGCGCAUCUUGACGCCGGAAGAAGAAGACGCGGAACGAGACAGAAGGAGAAAAGAUUCCGAAGUAGAGACUCUAAGGAAAUACCGCACGGACAACGAAGACGGUAGCAUCACCUGGGGCUUCGAGCUCACCGACGGCACCUUCAAGGAGGAAACGUUGGGCGCAGAUUGCAUAAUCAGAGGAAGAUACGGCUACGUCGAUCCGGACAAUGUCAAGAGGGAAUACUCGUACGAAUCGGGAUUGCCUUGCGACCAGCCUGAGGAAGAAGAAGAACUAGCUCCUCAAAAAGCAAACUCUCCGCAGCCGAGAAAACCGCAGCCACAAUAUCGACCCCCGGUAGCACAGCAACAACAGUCCCAGUAUAGGCCCCAGGGGGUUCAGCAACAGCAGCCCCAGUAUAGGCCCCAGGCCUCGCAGCAACAGCAGUAUAGGCCUCAGGCGUCCGAGCAACAAGAACCCCAAUUUCUGAGCAACUAGCUUAAUAUCAAUUAGACGUUGUAAAAUAGUCCGCCAUAUGUAUAAUCUUUGGUAUUUUAUUUUUGUUAAUAAAAGUUAUUUUAA